GGGGCCCCUGUGUCCUUGCCCAAACUCAAAAAAGACUAUGAAAAAGGUACCAGGGGCAUCUCAUGGGGCCCCCUACUGACCCCGGGCCCUCGCAAUAGGGGAUCAUGGGGCCCCUGUGUCCUUGCCCAAACUCAAAAAAGCCUACGAAAAAGGUACCAGAGGCAUCUCAUGGGACCCCCUACUGACCCCGGGCCCUCGGGCAGUGCCCGAGUUCCCAAAUGGUCAGUCAGGCCGCCCCUGGUUUGCACUUGUAUAUACAGUAGCCCAACAGUUACUGUACAAAAAAGUGAAUUA